CAGGAAGCUAUUCAUGCGAUUUGUUACACGAAUUUGACCUUUAACCUUUGAUAUUAGCUUUACCCUUGGCAGUUUUGGGGUUAUAUAUGCACUGCUGACUUUGCCUGACAUACUAACAUUAAAACUAAUUAACUUCAGCGACUAAUUCGAUUAGAAAGAGCAAAGGUAACAUUUUUCACAUUUUUGCAUGGAAAUGAACUUUGACCUUCAAUAAUCAGGGUUGACCUUGACUUUUUGCAGUAAGAUUUGUAUUUCUGACUUUGGCUGAUACAUACACAUUACAUAAAUAAAGCUGGGUGACAUUUUUUGGUGAUUUUUUACAUAAAUUUGACCUUUGACCUUGAAUAUCAAGUUUGCCCUUAAUUCCUUUUUGGUUAAUUUCUUAUUGUUGUCAUUGUUUGACACAUAUAGAUUUACUGAUAAUCAGAUAUUACGGUAAUUAAACAGAGUGAAAAAACUGGUGGACGUUAACUUUACCCUACCCCCUGAUAUUUUUACAAGUGAGUUUUAACUCCCCUAUCACAAACAUAAAUGAACAAAAUAUAGAUAGGCACGGCUUUGACACUUAAGAAAUGGAUUUUCACUGAGGAUAUGAAAUAUUGUUUCCAAAAAAGUAUAAACUUCUUUUGGCCUCAAUUGUUGCAAUAAAAGUCCGCUAGCUCUCGGGCCAUAUGGAGAAAUUCUACGCCUCAAGCGAGGUUUUGGAUCAAAUGAAAGAUAGUAAAUUGACAGUUAUAAGAACUUUCAUUCACAUUAUGAAAGAGCAUUAGUGCCAGAUGCGUUUUAUUUAUUAACUUACUUAAGUCGAAAUUGUGAGAUACUAACUCGAAAUUUCGGGUUACUAACUCGAAAUUUCGAGACAUUUAGUUCGAAAUUUCAAUAUACUAACUCGAAAUUUCGAGUUAAUAAGUCAAAGGAACUCGAAUUCUGAGUUAAUAACACGAAAUUUUGACUUCGUAUCUUGCCCUUUUAUCCGCAAAAUUUGAACGUCUGACCGUCUGUCAAAGGCCAUAAAUGUAAUGGACGACUUUUGACUUUUCAUAUAUUGUACCCAAAAUGUAGCGACUUGAAUAUAAACAACCAUACAUCAAUGUAUGACCUACCUCAUAGCCGGUAGAGCUCAGUGACUCCAGAUUUCAAACUGUGUCCAGGAUAUAUACCUAUAUUUAUAUGUACAGUAUUUUCAGGAGGUAGGGGCUCGAACUAGGUCGAAAACCUUCCAGAUAUUGUCAAAAUAGUGAAAUAUUCUAAGUCUGAAUACUUCCCGGUUACCUCUUACAUUGUAUGACCUCUCCUUAAAAUUUAGAUCAAACCAGGUACCCUUUCUUGGUCAGACUCAUUACUACACGUUCAUGUAGAGUAUGUAUAUAUUUCCUUGCCAUAUAGGCUCAAACUAGGUCGAAAGCCCUCUAGACUUGAGCAUGGUUUAAAUAGUGAUAUUUUAUGAGCAAACGCUGCACGGUCAUCUUAAUCAUAUGACCCUGUUGGGUUACCCGAUGGAUACGCAAGGUAACUAAUCUUGGCAGAACCUAUACAUCAAUGUAAACUAUUGUAGUUAGUAUACUAACUCGAAAUUUCGAGAUACGUAACUCAAAAUUUCUAGAUACAUAACUCAAGUUUUCGACUUAAUAUCUUAAAAUUUCAAGUUAACAAAUAACAUACACCUUGCACUUUUUGCUCUUCCGUACUACAUUAUAGAAAUGUUGCAAAAAAAAAAGAUGUCAUGAAACCUGUACUUAACCCCUAGAGACUUUUCAGAACUUGAUUUAAGUCCAUGAAGUCUUGCAAAACCCAAACACAGGAUCUAUUUUUCUCAGUAUAUCUUGAUGUUUUUGAAAAACCGUGGAUUAAUCAAAUUCAAUAUUGAUUUUGACCUAAACAUGCAGGGUGACUUUAAAUAAUGCUAUGUUAUUUGCAAUGGCUUAGUGUAACGUAUACUUUGUUCAUUGCAUUAGCCUUGUCCUUCUUGUUCGCAUUUGCAUAGUUUUUAACUUUUCACCUGUCAAACGUACAACAUCUUAGAUUCCACGACUACAGCAAAAUCUACAGCUAGCAAAACUAGCACAAUUUACACACCAAUGUCAACAAAAUCAACGACUACAACUUCUACAACAAAUUCAAUGACAGCUUCGGCGACCACUUCCACAGCAGCAGAGACAAUAACCACCCCUAUAACUGCAACUACUAUGCCCCCUACAACAACAACAAGUAAGAGUUUAGAAACAAGAACUAUGACUCCAUCAACUACAAUGACAACACCAAGAACUACAACAAUGUUUACAACAACUCCGUCAUUGCCAACAACAACAACAACAAAAACAACAACGAUGACUAAACCUAAAACAACUUUGUCAUCUGAUGAUCAUACAUUAAGUAUUUUAGCGAUAGCAUUAGAUGGAGUAGCUGUCUUUCUGAUACUGAUGUUGAUUGUCGGAAUUAUAUUGUACAGAGUGUGUAGAAGGAAUAGACCAACAACAACGCCUUAGCCAGUCAAACGAAUCGGAACCUUCAUCUGCCCCAAAGCAGCAUGCAUGGGUUUCACUUUAAAUGAAGGAAAAAAGAAUAAACGGUCAUCAUUCAUCAGUCUGAAUACAAGCACAAUAUAUUUUUACUUUUAUAGCUGACCUGAUUAUAGAAACAAUGCCUUAUCACGCAACUAACACCACUAUUUCAAUGAGACCUCGCUGGACUUCCAUGAUAGAAGGCACUUCACCACUUCGACAUGACAUACCAGUAUAAGAAUUCUAACCGUCCAUAUAUUCACUUAGGCUUGCUAUAAAACAGUUACCUAUAUUCUACAAUAACUGACGCUAUGCCUACAGGCUAAAGUUUGAUAAUGUCACGUAUAAAUAUUACUUUUGAUAAAACAGUGAUGAAGUAGAAAUAGUCUAAGCAAGAAGUGAGAUUUCUUGAGAUCUGGAACAAACAG